AAUCUUUGAAUCGUAUAAAUAGCGUGACUGGGGUCAAUCGAAUCACAUUCGUUUUAAGUAUCUUAACCGUAGAACAACUAACCAAAAACCGAAAGCAAAAUGUAUAAAUUGUUGGUAUUGUCAUUGGUUUGCUUUGCUGCCGCCUCAGCAGGUAUUAUCAGCAGCCCAUAUGCCUCAUAUGCUUCUCCAUACGGAUAUGGUGGAGCCAUCGGAUAUGGUGGCUAUGGAGCUUACGCAGCUCCAGCUGUUGUUGCCCAUGCCCCAGCUCCAAUUGCAUACCAUGCCCCAAUUGUUAAGACAGUUGCACCAGUCGUCUCCGCAUACCACGCACCAGUUGUUGCAAAGACUGUGAUUCCAGCAGCCACCUCAUACGCCAACACCUACAAGAUCUCACAAUCAAUUGCUCCAGUUGUUCAUGCUCCAGUUGCCUACAGUUCACCACUUGUCCAUUCAGCUGUUGCACCAGCAGUCGUUUCGCAUGCAGUUGCCGCCCCAAUUGUUAAAUCAUAUGCAGCACCAUACGCUUCACCAUACGGUUCACCAUACGGCUCACCAUACGGCUCACCAUACGCUGCGCUAGGAUCAUACUACUAAAAUUCGUGUUAAACGUGAAUCAAAGUCUCGAAAUUAAGCUGAAACGUAGUCAAAACUCGAAGCAGUCCAUUUUCAAAAAAAAAUGACUCUUCGUGAUAUGGCGCUAAACAAAGAGAACAAAAAAAAAUAAUAAUAAUGGUUUCAUCACUGACCAUCAUAAACAACAGUUUCGCCUCACACUAAAAUCAAACUAAGGAAUAUGUUCGAAUUUGACGAAAGAUUUUUUUAUCUAAAAAAUUUAAAUCGUUAAAAUUAACCAAAAAACAUCACAUUCGCACAAUUUAUAACAUUUUCCUUUUUAUUUUCUAUUCGAUAAUUCUAUUUUGUGUUUUUUAUUGUUUUUUACAAGUAUUUAUUUACGAUCGCCUCCCAUGUAAAUACACACAUAUUCAUGUAUACAAAAUUUUGUACAUAGUUUAGGCCAAGCAUAGAAAAAUCUGUUUUGGUGAAAAUGAUGAAAACCCAAUUGAAAUAAAAAUA